GCUGGCCAAGAAGGACACUUUGUCCAUUUGUGAUUGCAAAAGGAGCGUUUGGUAGAAGCAUUAGGUCUAAGGAGUGUCUCUGUAUAAGUACUCUUGAAGACACACAAGGUUGGUUGUCGCAAGCCAAGCGGCCUAAAGAAGAGUGACAGAGAGACACAAUGUAAAGAGAGAGAUGUAAUCGGGUAGAGAGAAAACUUGUAAGAGUGUAAGCUUGGGGAGAGUUAUCUUAAGUGUUACAGAGUGUUAUGAGUGAGUCUUUGGUAGCAGUAAAGAUCCAAAGAUGUCACUUGAGUGAUCUUUGUAAACUUGUCUCUGAUUAUAGUAUAUAUUGGGGAUCUGUUGAUCCCGACCGGAUGUAGUGGCUCGUUAACGCCAUGAACCGGGUUAACAACUUGGUGUGUGCUCCUGAUACGAUUAGAGCAGUAAACUAGGGAUCAAACAAUGUAAUAGGCAUAUACUUGUAUUAAUAUUGAAAGGAAUACAAAAUUGAGAGUUUUACAAUGGAGUCUCUCCCCUCCCCCGUACACUUUCACCAGAUUCUGGAUACCCUCUCUCUAUGCCCUCUCAUACUUCUUAUACUACUUUUGUGAUCUCCUCCUCACGCAAGUGCACCGUUAUGGCGAGAUGCAAUGAGAUGAUGCCACCUACUUAAUCAUGGUUAUUCCUUACUGUAGCUUCUGGGCCUUGCUCCUCCUUUGGUAUUGAUAUAGAAUAGGUGGGUGUUGGGCCGCAUAUGUAUCAGCUCCUCUCUUCUUUCUUCUCUUUCUCUGUUCUGUUUCGACUUCAUCUUUUCUAUGAUAUGCUUUGCUCUGUUUUGCUGUGACCUGCGUUGAUGUUUAUGACAUUGGUUUUAAGCUUGAGGUGUUAUAGAGGUUGUCAAAAACCCUACAGUGGUAUCAGAGCACAGGUUCGUGCGUAAAGUCUCAAGCUUUGCUCUGAAUCUUCAGGUUUCCGUGAGAAAGAUUCAAGUUUUUCCAAGGAGAAAUGCAAGCUUUGUCAAAAAGGUCACGUCUUUAUGAAGUAGAAGCUUCUAGAAGAGCGAUUUUAGAGGAGAAUGAUGAAUCUGGUUAUUAUGUCUCAAGGAAGAUGGAAUGCUAUGCUCGUUUAGAGACAUAG